AUGGCUUAUCAUUUAGGGGAUACAUUUCCUAAUUUCACUUCAACAGCUUCAAAUUUAGAUGGAGUUUUUGAUUUUUAUAAAUAUGUAGAAAAUAGUUGGUCAAUCUUAUUUAGUCAUCCAAAUGAUUUUACACCUGUGUGUACAACUGAAAUGGCUGAAUUUGGAAAAUUAUAUGAUCAAUUUUUAAGUUUAAAUUGCAAACUAAUUGGUUUUAGUUGUAAUUCAAAAGAAUCCCAUGAGAAAUGGAUAGAUGAUAUUAAAUAUUAUGGAAAUUUAGAUGAAUGGAAAAUUCCUAUAAUUUGUGAUGAAUCAAGAGAAUUAGCUCAUAAAUUAAAAAUAAUGGAUGAAAAAGAAAAAGAUAUCAAAGGAUUACCAUUAACAUGCAGAUGUGUUUUUUUCAUUUCUCCUGAUAAGAAAGUUAAGGCAUCCAUAUUAUAUCCAGCAACAACAGGUAGAAACAUUCAAGAAAUUUUAAGAGUACUAAAAUCACUACAACUAACUAGUAAUUGUGAAGUUGCAACUCCCGCUAAUUGGAACAAUGGAGAUGAAUGUUGUGUUCUACCAACUGUUAAGGAAUCAGAUUUUCCAAAAUUAUUUACAAAAGAAGUUAAGAAAAUAAGUUUACCAUCAAAGAAAGAUUACUUGAGAUUUGUUAACAUAAACAAAUGA